AUGCAAUUUACUACUUUGUCACUCGCUACUGCCUUGAUUGGAGCUGCUGCUGCUCUGUACACAAACGCUACCGUUACUACUGACAAGAUUGUUACCAACUAUGUAACUUACUGCCCAGAAGCAACUGAGGUUGUCGUCAAGACCUGCCACGAAGAAGUUUGUGCCCCAACGACUAUCACUGUUACUGCCGAAACAACUUUGACUGUUUCCGGAGAAGUUGAGGUUCCUGAGACAACCACAAGCACUCUUGACUACACCAUUACUUCUACCCUUACCUGUGAUUGGUGUAACGCUGCUACCUCUGUUGCUCCAUCGAAUAUCACCACAUUUGAAGGUGCUGCUGCUAGAAAUGCUGCAGGUUUGUUGGCCGGUGCUGCUGCAGUCGCUGCUGCUUUAGUAUAG